AAAUCUUUCAGCUCUGUUAUGUUAGCGCUGUCCUUUCCAUCCUGACGGCCUGUACUUCUGCUUUGGCAGGAAUGAGUGAUGACCUCGGUGGUAGUGUCAGACGGUGGAGGGAACAUAGUGGAGUAUGUCACUGUGGUGGAGGAGCCCCAGCAGUGUGAGCAGCAGCCGGUCGAGGAGGAAGAGGAAGAGGAAGAGGUGGUCCAGCAGGAAAUAGAGGCGGUGAUUGUGGAGGGCGGCGAUGAAGUGGAGGAGGAUGUGGAAGAGGAGGAGGAGGGUGUGGUGCUGCAGGAGGAGGGAUGUCCGGCAGUGAUCGUGGAGGAGGUGCCGAGCGCCCAGGUGGAGGAGUGCUACUCGGCGCAGGUCCUGGUCUACGACGACGAGACGUACCUGAUGCAGGACGUGGCCGAGGAGCAGGAGGUGGUCACAGAGGUGGCCGAGACCGUGGAGAUGUCGGGUCACGACAUGGUGUGUUUUGACAAAACGUUUGAAGCAGCCGAAGCUCUCCUCCACAUGGAGUCUCCUGGAGGACUGCACAACGAACGCAACACAGCAGAGGAUGUGAUGAUGGAGACAGUGGUGGAGGUGUCUACAGAGUGUGGACCCAUCGAGGAGGAGUCCUUCCCCAUCCCUCCUGAAUGUGAGCCUGCUGCCAAGAAGAAGAGAGGAGGUGGACGCAAGCCCAAGACACACCAGCCGGCCUCCAACGGCUCCUUUGACCUGGGGAUUAAGAAGAGACCGCGGGAGGGGAAAGGCAACACCACCUACCUGUGGGAGUUCCUGCUGGAGCUGCUGCAGGACAAAAACACCUGUCCCAGGUACAUCAAGUGGAUGCAGAGAGAGAAGGGCAUCUUCAAGCUGGUCGACUCCAAGGCCGUGUCCAAACUGUGGGGCAAACACAAGAACAAGCCCGACAUGAACUACGAGACCAUGGGCCGAGCCCUGAGGUAUUACUACCAGCGAGGCAUCCUGGCCAAAGUGGAGGGUCAGCGACUGGCCUACCAGUUUAAAGAUAUGCCCAAGAACAUCCGGGUGAUCGAUGACGAGGAAGACGGAGAGGAGGUGGAGGACAGCGAGGGCGUCAUGUCCAGCCAGCAUCCGGCUCACCAGCAGGGCCCCGCCAGCCUCGGCGCAAACUCGCCCGCCACCACCCAGCCUCAGCAGACCUACGUCACCGUCAUCCCCGGCAACGCCACCACCAGGCCCAUCCGAGCCAUGCCGGUGGUCAUGACCAACUCGCUAGGUCAGGUGACAUUAAACUCCUCCUCCAUCCUCACAACGGGAGUCCCGGUAACGGUAGCCAACGCCUCUGCCGGCGCUCCCCCCAAACUGGUCAUCCAGGCUCUGCCCACCAUGCUGCCCGCCGGCUCCAAAGCGGGAGAGAAGAUCACCAUCAUCACCAUCCCGGCCAACCAGCUGGCUACGCUCAUGCAGGCCAACCCGUCGGGCCACAUCACGCAGCUCAUCCAGGCUAAACCGCUCACUACGCAGUUAGCCACCAAACCUGGCGCCACCGCGUCUACGCUGCAGUUAACGGCGGGCCGCCCAACGCCGCAGCUCAUCCUGGCUAAACCGGCGGCGGUGGCCCAGCCGCUGCCGCAGCUCUCUGUUCAGGUCAGCCAGCCUCAUCCCGCCCCACCCAAAACCCCCAACCAGCUCUUGAAGCCCUCCAGCAGUCAGCCCGAAGCAGCACACUCAGAGGCAGCGUCUGAGGCUCCGCCCCCCUCCAGCCCACCGCCAGCAGCAUCUGCAGAAACCCCAUCAUCCUGAGAGCAGCGCCCUGAGCUGGGCCACCAGUGGGGGUACAGGAAGUGACUGUGGACACUGCUAAAGGAAGUGCAGGACACAUCCCACACCCCCCUGCCACAGAGGUGCUCUCUGAUUGGUUCAGACUGUCAGCCUGACCCUGGUUUCCAGGGAGACGCCUGCUCUUACUCUGGAGCUGCUGAAGCCCCACAAAGGAUUAAAGGGACUGUUGUAGACACACACACACACACACACACACACACACACAGAUCCUUCAGAGCUCAGAAGACAUGGGCAGCCUUAGAUUGUAAAUGAAAAUCUCCUUUUUGUAAUCAAAUGUAAUAUAAAAGCCUGACAAGACUUUGUUGUAAACAGAAAUGUAAAAAGCAUUUUGAUACUCAGCAGGUGUGUAUCAGUACAGACGUAGUUUGAAUUCAUCUCUUUGUUUCGGUCUAAUGGUUUGUCUGCACACUUGUGUUACUCCACAGCGCUGUCACAUUCUCCCCACCCUUUUUUUUUUUUUUUACUGUUCAUAAAAAGGGAGUGAAAGGAUGUCUGCGUCAGGAUCAGAAAACUAAAUGGUGUGCUCCACAUCUGAAGUAUAAUAUACUAUUUUUUCUUGUACUAUCAGUGUAUUGAAGUAGAUUUUACUGAAAUAUGUAUUAUAAAAAAACAACAAAUGUGAAUUCAA